UUCAAGUAAUUUCACGUCGUAUAACCCGUAUACGAAUUUAUAUCAAAGUAAAGUGUAAUGCAUUGUAAAGUCAACAUCCAUUUAUUUAUUUGUUUACAUAUGGUAUUUGAUAUAUUUUUUAUUGGAAAUAAAUAUGUAUAAUUAUGUAAUUCUUUUGUAUGUGAUGUUGAAUAUGUUAUCUUUAUAUCUGAACAUAUUACAAUAAUCAAAUAUUGUAAUACUUAAAUAAUUAGAUCUAUGCAUUUGAAAAAUGAUGUCAUGUAUAGUUAAUAUAUCUUUUUAUAAAAGAAAGAUGUCAAAAAAAUUUUUUUGGAAGCAAAUAUAUUUUUAUGCAGUAAUCAUUAUCUUAUACAAUUUCAUACUCGUUAAUGGUGGUAAAAUAAAUCAAUUAAAAGUCUGUGGACAAUCUUCCAAAAAUCCUCAGAGGUGAUAUAUUAUAAAUCAAUGGAUUAUAUUUCAUAUUUUAUUUUGAUAUUUGUGAGUACAUUAGAUGGUAAGAUAUCAGCAUUAGAUGCUAUCAAUAAUGGAAAGAAACUAUGGGCUUUGGAUUUUAACAAUAGUCCUAUGUUAUCGUCUAACAUUCAUCGGAGAGAACUUAAUAAUAAUGGACAAUGGGUUAGAUUAAUUCCAUCCUUAGGAGGUGGAUUAUAUAAAUUUGAUGGUGAAAAUUUAGAAAAAUUACCAGUAACAACCGAACAAUUAUUAUCUUCAUCAUUUCGUUAUUCCGAAGAUUUAGUAUUUUCUGGAGGGAAAGAAACACGAUCGUAUGGAGUAUUGAGUACAACUGGAAAAAUAUUAUAUGAAUGUAAUAUCAGUGGUUGUCAGAACAAUACUACUACGGACACUUAUAUUAAUCAAGAAAUACUUGUCAUUCAACAUCUUCAACAAACUGUCAGAGCAGUUGAACCACAUAGUGGUGCAGAAAAAUGGAACUUCAGUGUAGGGCAACAUGAGUUACUUUUAAUUUCCAAUCAAGAUAUAUGCGAUGAUAGAAGUAAUGAAAAUAUUCCAGAAUUUGAGCUUAAAGUUAUUGUUCCUGAAGGACUAAUUUGGGCAGUUAGAAAAAAUGCUCCCACUGUAAAAUUAUGGCAAUAUAAGUUCGAUUCUCCAAUCGUUACAAUAUGGCAAAAAGAAAAUACACAAAGUAUUAAUGAUAACAAUGGAUUAAAGCAAGUUAAUUUAUUUGAUAACUCUCAAUGGGCUUGGGGUUCUGAAUUUCCAAUAGGACCUAGUAUUUAUAUAGGAAUGCAUGACAGACAAUUAUAUGUACAAGAAAAUGCAAAAGUCUAUAAAUCUUUAGGAUCAUCUUCAACAAAAUUUACAUCACAUUCACAAAUUCCUUGGCAACCAUAUCCUGCUAUUGGAACAGCAUUGAUAACUAAUCUCUUAAGUAAAACAGAAAAUGAUGAUAAAAAUAUCUCUUUUGAAGUAACUGAUGUACAAAGUACAACUGCUCUAUCUGUAAUGUAUAAUUCAGAAUAUAUUAAUGGAAAUGGUUUCUAUUUAUACCUAAAGGAACAUUUACAAUCAAAUGGGUACAAUCAAUGUUGUAAUGAUUCCAAUAUACUUAUUACUAGCGACGAAAGUACCAAAAAUUUUUAUGAAGAGAUUGACGAUGAAUAUGAUGAUGAAACUCCAGUACAAGUCAUUAUUGUCUCCCUAUGGUAUUGGUGGAAAGAAGUUUUAGUAAUAUCAAUUACUACAGCACUUCUACUAAAUUUUAUAUGGGCUCAACAUCUACUAAAUGGAACAGCAACAACUAAAGAUGCUAUACCUCCACCCUUGAUAAUAGAACGCCAUAUAGAAUGCAAGAAUUCCAAUGAUACUACAGUUCAAGAACAAAGUGUAAUUUUUAAAUCUCGUUAUCUGACUGAUUUUGAACCAAUUGAUUGUUUAGGCAAAGGUGGUUAUGGAGUUGUAUUUGAAGCUAAAAAUAAGAUAGAUGAAUGUAAUUAUGCUAUCAAACGAAUUGCAUUACCUAAUAGGCAAGAUUCUAGAGAACGUGUUAUGCGUGAAGUAAAAGCAUUAGCAAAAUUGGAUCAUUGCAAUAUUGUUAGAUAUUUUAAUGCAUGGGUUGAAUGUCCUCCUAUUGAAUGGUUAGAAGAACACGAUCAGGAAUGGAUUUCUAAGGAGAAGUUUCGAUCAUCAGAAUUUUCCUUAGAAACGAAUCAAAACGAAAAAAAAUGUAAUAGUUCCACUUGCAUCGAUGUUUCUAUACCUGAACAAUCUUCUGUAGAUAGUGCUUGUGAAGCUUAUGUUCUAAAUCAUGUAAGUGAAAGCGAUGAUUCUUUUGUCAUAUUUGAACAUUCUGAAAAAGUAAAAAACGAGGAAAACCCUGGCUCACAACUUUCUAAGACAAACAAUAAUUUGAACGACGAUGAUGACUCUCGUUUUUCCCAAGAUGUUUCGUCUCUUGGAAAUAAUAAUCAACUGUGUAGAAAGGAGGAAUAUGAAAAACGUAGAAAAACUCCACUUUCCGUAAAUUUAAAAGAAAAAUCUAUUAAUCGUAAAUCUACGAAAAUGUUUCUGUAUAUACAAAUGCAGUUAUGUCAAAGGCUUAGCCUCAGAGAAUGGCUGAAAAAGCAAAUGAAUCCAAGAGAUAAUGGUAUGAUAUUAAAUAUAUUCCAUCAAAUCGUUGAUGCCGUAGAGUAUGUUCAUUUGCAAGGUCUUAUUCAUCGUGAUUUGAAGCCAUCAAAUAUAUUUUUUGCUUAUGACGACAAAAUAAAAAUUGGUGAUUUCGGCCUUGUUACUGCUAUGAUCGAAGGUUACGAAGAAACUUAUAUUACGAUUCAAAGUGAAAAUACUAAUGUAAAACAUAAUUUACAUACGUCGUGCGUUGGUACUCAGUUAUAUAUGUCGCCUGAACAAAUGAAUGGACAGAUUUACGAUUAUAAAGUAGAUAUAUAUUCCUUAGGAAUUAUUUUCUUUGAACUUUUAAUGUCAUUCGAUACAGAAAUGGAAAGAAUAGUUACUCUUACCAAUUUACGCCGAUUAUUAUUCCCAACGGAUUUUGAUAUAUUUUUUCCAGCCGAGCAUACAUUAUUGAAAAUUAUGUUGGAUGAAAGGCCUGAAAAAAGGCCUACAACGCUAGGGAUUAAAGCUAGACCGCCAUUGUUGUAUUAUGGAAAAGAAAAUGGUUUUAAGACAAAUGAAAGUUCAAAAUGGCAUUUUGAACUACCGCAGUUUGCCAAAUAUUCCUCUGUAACAAGUAGUAGUAGUAGUAGUAAUAGUAGUAAUGAAUCACAGGUAAAUAUAAAUACAUAAAAGACUACCAAUAUAAACAAUAAAUUUUUGUAAAUUCUUUUUGGAA